AUGGCUGAGGGCGGAGGGCGGGGAGCGGUCGGCACCAGCGCCGGCGCGCGCCCCCUGCCGGCCACGCCGGGGGACGCUCGGUCACGUGAUGUGGGGCUACGCCCCCCGAUCCGACCACGCCCCCUGGAGGUGGGCCAGCGACCAGCGCCGACCGCGCCUCCUGGAGGGGGCCCCGCGUCCAGCGCCGACCACGCCCCCUGGAGGUGGCCCCGCGUUAAGCGCCGGCCGCGCCCCCUGGAGGUGGGUCCGCGUCCAGCGCCGAAUGCGCCCCCUGGAGGUGGCCCCGCGUCCGGCGCAGACCACGCUCCUUGGAGGUGGGCCCGCGUCCAGCGACGACCGCGCCCCCUGGAGGUGGGCGCGCCGACCCCGCCCCCUGAAGGUGGCCCCGUAUCAAGCAGCGACCACGCCCCCUGGAGGUGGACCCGUGUCAAGCGCCGACCACGCCUCCUGGAGGGGGCCCGUAUCAAGCAGCGACCACGCCCCCUAGAGGUGGCCCCGCGUCCAGCGCCGACCACGCCUCCUGGAGGGGGCCCCGUAUCAAGCAGCGACCACGCCCCCUGGAGGUGGGCCCGCGUCCAGCGCCGACCACGCCCCCUGAAGGUGGCCCCGCGUCCAGCGCCGACCACGCCCCCUGGAGGUGGCCCCGCUUCAAGCGCCGACCACGCCCCCUGGAGGUGGCCCCGCGUCCGGCGCCGAUCACGCCCCCUGGAGGUGGACGCGCCGACCACGCCCCCUGAAGGUGGCCCCGUAUCAGGCAGCGACCACGCCCCCUGGAGGUGGGCCAGCGUCCAGAGUCGACCCCGCCCCCCGGAGGUGGCCCCGCGUCCGGCGCCGACCGCGCCCCCUGGAGGUGGUGCCGCGUCCGGCGCCGAUCACGCCCCCUGGAGGUGGGCGCGCCGACCACGCCUCCUGGAGGUAGCCCCGUGUCAAACGCCGACCGCGCCCCCUGGAGGUGGCCCCGUGUCAAGCGCCGACCACGCCCGCUGGAGGUGGCCCCGUGUCAAGCGCCGACCACGCCCCCUGGAGGGGGGCCGUAUCAAGCAGCGACCACGCCCCCUGGAGGUGGGCCCGCGUCCAGGGCCGACCCCGACCCCCGGAGGUGGCCCCGCGUCCGGCGCCGAUCACGCCCCCUGGAGGUGGGCGCGCCGACCCCGCCCCCCCGAAUGUGGCCCCGCGCUCAGCGACGACCACGCCCCCUGGAGGUGGACCCGUGUCCCGCGCCGAUCACGCCCCCUGGAGGUGGGCGCGCCGACCACGCCUCCUGAAGGUGGGCCCCGCGCCCAGUGCCGACCCCGCCCCCUAGAGGUGGCCCCGCGUCCAGCGCCGCCCCCGCCCCCUGGAGGGGGCCCCGUGUCAUGCAGCGACCGCGCCCCCUGGAGGUGGGCCCGCGUCCGGCGCCGACCGCGCCCCCUGGAGGUGGGUCCGCGUCCCGCGCCGACCACCCGCCCUGGAGGUGGGCCCGCGCCGACCCCGCCCCCUGGAGGUGGGUCCGCGUCCGGCGCCGACCGCGCCCCCUGGAGGUGGACCCGCGUCCGGCGCCGACCGCGCCCCCUGGAGGUGGGCCCGCGUCCCGCGCCGACCGCGCCCCCUGGAGGUGGGCCCGCGUCCAGCGCCGACCGCGCCCCCUGGAGGUGGGCCAGCGUCCCGCGCCGACCCCGCCCCCUGGAGGUGGCCCCGCGUCCGGCGCCGACCGCGCCCCCUGGAGGUGGUGCCGCGUCCAGCGCCGAUCACGCCCCCUGGAGGUGGGCGCGCCGACCACGCCCCCUGAAGGUGGCCCCGCGUCAUGCAGCGAACACGCCCCCCGGAGCGCAGACCCCGCCCCCUGGAGAUGGCCCCGCGUCCAGCGCCGAUCACGCCCCCUGGAGGUGGGCCAGCGUCCAGGCCGACCACGCCCCCUGGAGGUGGGCCAGCGUCCAGCGCCGAUCACGCUCCCUGGAGGUGGGCGCGCCGACCCCGCCCCCUGGAGGUGGCCCCGCGUCAAGCGCCGACCGCGCCCCCUGGAGGUGGGCCCGCGCCCAGCGCCGACCCCGCCCCCUGGAGGUGGACCCGCGUCCGGCGCCGACCGCGCCCCCUGGAGGUGAGGCGGGGCCGGGGCGGACGCCGGGGACAGCGGCGCCGGCGCGGCGAAAAAUGGCGCCGACUGUGGUGCGGCUGACAGGCCGCGGGGCCGCCCCCGCCAUGUUGGGCGCCGACGGGGCCCCCGGCUAG